CUAUAUAUUGUUGCCUGAGAGGAAUGGAAAAAAAUGUCUGAUAUGAAAGAACAUAUAUCGAGUAGUAUGGGCGAAAUACGAAACGGUGUGAGAUUGUACUGCGCAAACGCGUCGAUUCUUUUGACAACGACCGCUUGUAUAUUUAAAGAGGUUUCGCCAUUAUAAAAUGUCAGUAAUACACGGAAUUUGUUACACGAUGAGAUUUAUCCCAGAACAAAUUAUCCUGACAAUUGAGUUACGAAAAAUAAAAGUGAGAAAAGAUCUAGUCGUUAAACAUUGAUCAUUGCAUUUCAAUUUUAUUACUCUCUCCCUGGUUUAUUUCUUUUAAAAGAUUAUUCGUUUAACAAAUGCAUAUUCUGCGAAAAUUAUUCGGUAGGUACCUUCUCGUUACAAAUACUAUUAGCUGCGGCUUGAUGAUGGCAGCUGGUGAUAUGAUACAGCAACGUAGGGAACACUGGAAACGGUAUCGUUACGAGGAUUAUUUUUCAAGCGGUGGAACCGCUCGUGUGAUCGCAGCAUCGCCAGAGGAAGAUACAACGGAAGAAGAAGAAAAAAAGAUUAUGGAUGCUGCGACGUUAUACGAACAUAAUUAUGUUCGAACGAGAAACAUGACAUUAGUAGGUCUUAUCCAAGGACCCUUUCAUCAUUGUUUCUAUGGUCUACUUGAGAAAAUAGCACCUGGGAAAAAAGCGAGAUCUAUUAUAAAAAAGACUUUUCUAGAUCAACUAAUCGCUAGUCCUACGUGCCUAAUUAUAUUUUUCGGUGGUCUUGGUCUAAUGGAACGAGACAAAGUCGAAGAAGCUUAUAGGGAAAUCAAAGUGAAGUUGAUCGAAGCUUGGAAAGUCGAUUGUUGUUUUUGGCCUCCAGCUCAAUGUGUAAACUUUUUAUUCGUUCCUCUACAAUAUCGAGUACUCUAUAUAAAUGUUAUGACUAUGGUGUACGAUAUUUUUCUAUCGCACAUUAAAUACGAUGCUCACUACGAUUGACAAGAAACUGUGUAUUAGUUAAGGAAUAAAUUGUAUUAGAUCAUAGACUGUGCUAAAUAUGUAUUGUUAUAUUAUAUUAAAUUUAUAGAAUAAGGUUUUUUGAUAAAGGAAAAUAAAUGAAUUUUUUCUUUAA